CACAUCCCUACCUGCAACAAUGCUGCACGUCUAACCCCGUCGUCGUAAGGUGAAACGUGCCAUUGCGGAGCAAGGCCAGCAUGCUACGGUAAUAACUCGCAACACCUGUACUUUUACCUUUGCCCAUCGCUGCCCGUCAAACGUCCUUUCUCACAUUCUUUCUUUUACUCUGCCGGAUCUCCUCGCGUCACUCGCUUUGCCGGAGACCGGCUAGCACGGCUUCAACAACAAUAAUCAUCGCGAUGGCCCCUUUCCAACUCGGAGAGUUAGGCACAAUAUGUAAUUAUGCCAAAGUUAAAUACGAAGAAAGAGUCGAUACGAAGAGGCGCCGCAGCAACCAUAGACGCUCAAACAGCGACCCAACAAUGAUAAGCUCCACUAGUACCCUUAAACGCAAACCCCAGACCUACGGCAAAUUACACAAACCACCGAAAGUAGAAUCCCUACAUGAACGACAAGAACGGCCUCGCAACAGAUUGCAGAAACGCAGACCGGCAAGCGUUGUGGGUGCAAUUACGCCGCCGCUUAAUUUCUUCGCAUUGGAAUACGUCCCUUAUCCGUAUAACACACAACCAAGCCAGUUCCUUGGCGUGUAUUCCAGUAUCGAUACCGUGACUGCCGCUGCGUUUCGACAUGGCGCGUAUUCAUUCUCAAGAGAAGGGCUGCUGGAUGGAAGCGAGUACCUGAGUCCAACGGGCCGCAUUAAGAUUGUUUCGCACACCAUGCAGCGCACAGGUGUUACGGCCGUUGUACCGGAGGAUAAGAGCCACAAGUUUGACAACGGGGUUAUGAGGCUAGAUAUCCCGCAUCCUGAUAGUCAGCCUACGGCCCGCUUUGAUAGUCAGCAGGAUCUUAGCAACGAGGUUAGCAAGGAGGUGGUUUUUCUGGCGCUUCAUGAGGGACCGCAAAGCGCUUUUUGCAUUGGCAUGUUCCCAAGUAAGACUUUGGCGUGGGGUGCUUGUCUUAAGGACAAAGCGUGGCUUGAGUGGUCGGAUCCGUUGACUGAGGAAGAGAGGAGUGUUGAAGAGAAUGACAUGCCGCGAGUCUCGGCGAGACUUGUAGGGAGUGGACGGCAUGCGUGGUUCGUGAGGGCUUUUGAGGUUGAUGGGAGUUGAGGCGUGUAAUGGAAGACGAAGCACUACUCGGACGAGCAAAAUCCGCCACGAUCAUCUAACUUUUCGUCACUGGCGAACAAGCAUAUUGAAAUCGUUCGUCGAAGACCGGACGUGAAACUUCCAAACCACCAGUAUGGAUGGAAGUAUGCGACAGCCACAUGCCAAACAUCGCAUACCCGAAGCC